AUGGCAUCCACAGCCAAGUCGACACGUUCCAGCUCGUCGGCGUCGGCCAGCUCUUCAAGUGUAAAUCCGGUCGUACCAACUGCGAAAAAAUCUAAAGUUUCCGGUACCUCUGGCUCGCCGUCGAAAACAGCUUCCGGCUCCGCUUCUAGCAUGAAGUCCAAAUCAACAAACGGGUCGAUUCAGCAAAACACUGGAGCUUCUGCCUCUCCAUCAAAACCGGCAAACUCCGAUCCCAAUAACUUGUUCGACAAUCCUUUUGUCUUGUCAGACACUGAUGACGACGCCGAAUUGAGCGACAGCUCGAUUACAGAAUUGGUUCCAACCAAGACGCUUCGACCCCUUCAGUCAGUGCCUCAACAGACCAGCUCAUCGAUCUCUCAUCUGUCGCCCAGCUCUGCCCAUCAACAUGACGACACUCGCUCUAAUACUACUCAAGAUCGAUCGUAUGCCACUUCUCUCAACAGCGACCUUCAUGCAAGUUCCGACAGUACUCUCACCUCCGUAAGCUCGCUUGACUCGGACAGUGACGACGACGACCGGGGCCACGCCGUCAUUGCCAAGACCGCAAAACACGCACACACCUCAUUGCGCCGCACCAGACCGGCUUCCGUGUCUACGCGCGCUUCAGACGAGGUCCACGAGGCUCCCAGCCUGUCAUCCUCUUCUACGCCGACUCCAAGUCGAAGAUCUGUACGAAUUUCCUCAUCAGGUUCGAGCGUUCAAAAAGCGCUCCAAAGGCGGGAUGAGCUUGACGUCAAGCUGACUGCAAGCCCCAUCCGACGAAAAGCAGACUCUCCUGAGGUGUCCGUAACUAAGAGAGGUCCCGGACGACCCAGAAAGUCGGCACCCGAGGCUAGCCCCUCGCGGCUUGCGAAUGCUCGUCUGAUGACCCCGCAGAGUUCGGCGUCUCUGGGUUUGCAAGCCACAUCUUCUCCAGCUUCAGCCCGGCGAAGCUCUCGUCUUUCUGUGCCAUCCGCUCAAAUCGCCUCAACGCCUAUCACCCCAUCCAGGCGUGAUGUCGCUUCGCCGAGUAAGGAGCUCGGAGAUACUCUGACACUUUCACAAGAGCCGGGUCGUGAGCCCAGACGGAGCAGACGGUCACGCGGUCUCGGUCUUGCCGAAGAGACCGAAGAUGCUUCAAACUCCUCGAGCCCCGUCCUCGCCUCUACCCGUAUCGAGGCGCCCGCAUCCACUUCGGCGAUUCCUCAUGCAACUAGUACGGCCGUUGCAGCAGACUCAAUGUUGCGAGAUGUGUCGAGGACACCCCUAAAGCGCGGUCCAGGUCGGCCACGGACUUCGCAAAACAUUGGCUCUCCUUCGCCACUUGCCUCCACCACCCCUCGUACACAACAGCAGGAAGAGACGAGAACGACGCGCUCUCAAAAGAGGAGUUUGUCGCCCGUUAGUGUGGAAGGGCAAGUGACGAUGGCUGCCAGCAAAGACGAGGAGUUGCAAAGAUCACCCAGGCGCAAGAGAAGCAAGUUUGGCGAGACGAGCAGCAGCGUAUCACCCUCGAAGCGUGUACAAGCUUCAAACGGCGAAAUUCUGUCUCGAAAAGAGGCCAUCGAUCUGCUGGACGAUGAUAUGAGUGAGUUGAGCGAUGAUAGCGACAUGUCGAUCGACUCGCCCGGACCUUCCCAGCUGAUCUCUCAGCCGGCUCGUCGCGGUAGACCACCGUCAGCAGCUAAUGCGGAAGCAAGGAAGCUCAAGCGCGCUAGUCGACAGGAUAAGGAUGGCAAGAAGUAUCAUGUUACUGGUCUCUAUGCUGGCGAAGCCGAUGCUAAGGCCACCACGUCUUUGGCCCAUGUCGGUGAGGCGCCAAACGCAAUCUUCCCGCUUCCAAUUCACUUUGGUGCCCAGCUACUCACCGAGGAGCGCGACUUCGCCCUACCCUACCCUAUCUAUGCCUCAAUGGAAAAGCUGCGCGACCGCGUCAAUGCGAAGCGAAAGCCUCCGCGCUAUCAGCAGAUUAGCAGAAACAAGUACUAUUCCCGACCCAAGUUGCAGGGUGAGGUGCCGCUUUGCAGCUGUCAGCCAGGCAGCGGGUGCGGAUCUGACUGCAUCAAUCGUAUGCUCAUGUUCAUCUGUGACCCCAAGACUUGCCCCAGCGGAAGCAACUGUACCAACAUCAGCCUUGGUCGCCGUCCGACGGUCAAGACUGCCGUUCACUACUACGGCCGUCGUGGUUUCGGGUUGAAGACGCUUGAGCCUAUCAAGAAGGAUGACUUUAUCGACGAGUAUCGAGGUGAGGUUAUCGACCUCCACGAAGCUUCCAAGCGAGUGACGGACGAGUACAAAGCCACAGGCAACUUCUAUCUUCUCGACUACGACACGGCUGCUGGCGAGUUGCUGGAUGGUGGUCGCAAAGGCAACAUUACUCGGUUUGCCAACCACUCCUGCGAGCCAAAUUGCCGCAUCGAGAAGUUCAUCAUCUGUGGCACUGACGAGGCGCUUUCAGCUGAGUUCCAGAUCGGCUUGUUUGCGCUACGUGACAUUGAAGCGGGCGAGGAGUUGACCUACAACUACGGCUGGUCAGCGUUCCAACCUCGUGAUAUUACAGGUGCGCCCACAGAAGAGGUUCCUCCCGAGCAAUGCCUUUGUGGAGCGGCGAAUUGUGCCGGCAUCCUCGGCGGCAAGAAGCCGCCUGCAACUAAGGCUGGAAAAGACGAAGUUGCCGCCAAUUCACGCAAGAAAACAGCCAACGGCAAAGGCAAAGCUCGAAGCAAGGGCAAGGCAAGAAAGGCUGUUCCACCUCCUCGCGCGCGUAUGCGCUCCAUGACACCCAUGUUGAGUGCGGCUCGUCUGUCAGCUGCAGCGAUGCCGAGCUCAGUCCUGUCUGCCGCGCUGAAUCGAGCCUCGCGCAAGCAAGAUGAGGCGCAGUCGAACUUGCUCAACAAGAUUGUCAUCAGACGAAGAGAGCAAGCAGCGCGUGUGGCCAACAAAGCUUCAACAUCCAAGUCUGUUCAAGGAGCGAACACUCCUGCCUCGUCAUCGUCGCAGGCAAGGAGCGAGCGAGACCUGCCUGUUCCGUCAGCACCAAGUACUUCGAUGCAGCCCCCAAAUGCAUCCACGCAAGGCUCUUCGACGGCAGAAACGAAGAGAGCCGCUCUGGCGACGAUCCAAACAGAUGCGUCGAAUGUUUCAGCCUCUUCCAAAUUGCCAGCUAUCAACCAGCAGUCGGCCACAAGCCCAGCAGCGAGCAAGAAGGUGGCCAAGGUCGCUUCUGGCAACAAUGGGCUUCGAUUGCCGCUGUUGGCAGGUGAGGCUGCUUCGAAUGCAGCAAAAAAGGCAAGAGCUGCCAAGGCACGCACUGGUACCAAAGGUCGACGCUGGGACCUGAUCACUGCGGGCAAGUUGGCCCCACCUAGCGAGGGGAGCUCGUCGUCGGCGGCAUCGUCUGAUGGGACCGCGUCAGAUUUUCAGAAGCAGGAUAAUGCAGCGGUCCGUCGUCCUGCUUCGAAGAAGAUUGCCGGCGGCAAGACAGCGCGACGUGGUCGUCACAAGUUGCAGCUGAGCAGCGAAGAAGCAGAGCGUCGAGCUGCCGAACGGCGUUCACGAAAUGCUUUCCUUGCCCGAGUGCGGCGUGCAUCGAAACGUGGCAUCGUCAUCGAAGAUCCAAGCCAGCAUCCGCUCAAGAAGAUCAGCAUCCAGUGCACGGCAGCGCCGGAGAACACCUACAUCCCCGAUCUACCCUCGACGCUUGUGGAGCUAGGCAUGACCACUGCCGAUGCACGCCGCGCUCGCAACGCCUUCCUGGCACGUGUGAGAAGGGCCAUGAAACGAGGCGCACCCAAAGAGGUGGCUAUCAAGAUGGCAGCCAAACCACUCCCUGGAGAUCCUGCAUGCGACACGCCAGUCAUGAAGGCUCAACGUACGUACAUGGAACAAUUGGAGCGAGAGGCGGUUGAUCAGAUGUCCAGCUUAGCCGCUGAUGGUGCUUCGGAAGGCUCUCUCGCAGGCGAAAACAGUCAGCAAGCUCAAGCAGGAGAUGAAAGCUGGGUCGAUGAGUCCAACUAG